GGAUAUAAUGAAUUUCCAACGCCGUUCAAACGGUUCUUGAUCCUCCAGGAAAAUAGCUAGUCAGAGAAGGCUACUGUCCUUGUGUAUAUGAAGGGACUUGAGUCUUUUUUGGUACAAGUAGUUGAAUGGAUGACUAUUUGAAUGGGUCCAAAAUAGCUAGUUGAAGGCAUUAAGUUAUUGGUAGAUUAAUCAAUAUGCACAAAGUUGAUCACCAACCACAAGAAAAGAUAAUAUAUUAAUUAUUACAAGUCCAUGCCCUGCUCAAGUCAACUUUGAACUGUCCAUAUUUCAUUCCAACAUCUUACUUUGUUUCAAGAAUAUAGAUUCAUUGUUUACUUGCAUAAUUUUGUGUUACAAUUCCAGUAAUCUAGUAUAUUUUAUAGUGAAUUCAACAUAUGGCUGGAGCUUUCCUUCAAGUUCUGCUAGAUGAUCUCACUUUUUUCAUCCAAGGGGAACUUGGAUUGGUUUUUGGUUUCGAGAAGGAGUUUAAAAAACUUUCAAGUAUGUUUUCAAUGAUCCAAGCUGUGCUAGAAGAUGCUCAAGAGAAGCAACUGAAGUACAAGGCAAUAAAGAACUGGUUACAGAAACUCAACGUUGCUGCAUAUGAAGUUGAUGACAUCUUGGAUGACUGUAAAACUGAGGCAGCAAGAUUCAAGCAGGCUGUAUUGAGGCAUUAUCAUCCACGGACCAUCACUUUCUGUUACAAGGUGGGAAAAAGAAUGAAAGAAAUGAUGGAAAAACUAGAUGCAAUUGCAGAGGAACGGAGGAAUUUUCAUUUGGAUGAAAGGAUUAUAGAGAGACAAGCUGCUAGACGGCAAACAGGUUUUGUUUUAACUGAGCCAAAAGUUAAUGGAAGGGACAAAGAAGAGGAUGAGAUAGUGAAAAUCUUGAUAAACAAUGCUAGUGAUUCCGAAGAAGUUCCAGUACUCCCAAUACUUGGUAUGGGGGGACUAGGAAAGACGACUCUAGCCCAAAUGGUCUUCAAUGAUCAGAGAGUUACUGAGCAUUUCAAUCUAAAGAUAUGGGUUUGUGUCUCAGAUGAUUUUGAUGAGAAGAGGUUGAUUAAGGCAAUUGUAGAAUCUAUUGAAGGAAAGUCACUGGGUGACAUGGACUUGGCUCCGCUCCAGAAAAAGCUUCAGGAGUUGUUGAACGGAAAAAGAUACUUUCUUGUUUUGGAUGAUGUUUGGAAUGAAGAUCAAGAAAAGUGGGAUAAUCUUAGAGCAGUAUUGAAGAUUGGAGCAAGUGGUGCUUCAAUUCUAAUUACUACUCGCCUUGAAAAGAUUGGAUCAAUUAUGGGAACUUUGCAACUAUAUCAGUUAUCAAAUUUAUCUCAAGAAGAUUGUUGGUUGUUGUUCAAGCAACGUGCAUUUGGCCACCAAACCGAAACAAGUCCUAAACUUAUGGAAAUCGGAAAGGAGAUUGUGAAGAAAUGUGGGGGUGUGCCUCUAGCAGCCAAGACUCUUGGAGGUCUUUUAUGCUUGAAGAGGGAAGAAAGUGAAUGGGAACAUGUGAGAGAUAGUGAGAUUUGGAAUUUACCUCAAGAUGAAAAUUCUGUUUUGCCUGCCCUGAGGCUGAGUUAUCAUCAUCUUCCACUUGAUUUGAGACAAUGUUUUGCAUAUUGCGCGGUAUUCCCAAAGGGCACCAAAAUAGAAAAGGAAUAUCUCAUCGCUCUCUGGAUGGCACACAGUUUUCUUUUAUCAAAAGGAAACAUGGAGCUAGAGGAUGUGGGCAAUGAAGUAUGGAAUGAAUUAUAUUUGAGGUCUUUUUUCCAAGAGAUUGAAGUUAAAUCUGGUAAAACUUAUUUCAAGAUGCAUGAUCUCAUCCAUGAUUUGGCUACAUCUAUGUUUUCAGCAAGCGCAUCAAGCAGAAGUAUCCGCCAAAUAAAUGUAAAAGAUGAUGAAGAUAUGAUGUUCAUUGUAACAGAUUAUAAAGAUAUGAUGUCCAUUGGUUUCUCCGAAGUGGUGUCUUCUUACUCUCCUUCGCUCUUUAAAAGGUUUGUCUCGUUAAGGGUGCUUAAUCUAAGUAACUCAGAAUUUGAACAGUUAUCGUCUUCCGUUGGAGAUCUAGUAAAUUUAAGAUACUUUGACCUGUCUGGUAAUAAAAUUUGUAGUCUUCCAAAGAGGUUGUGCAGGCUUCAAAAUCUGCAGACUCUUGAUCUACAUAAUUGCCAGUCACUUUCUUGUUUGCCGAAACAAAUAAGCAAGCUUGGUAGUCUCCGGAAUCUUGUAUUUGAUCACUGUCCAUUGACUGCUAUGCCACCAAGAAUAGGAUUGUUGACAUGCCUUAAGACACUAAGUUACUUUCUUGUGGGCGAGAGGAAAGGUUAUCAACUUGGUGAACUACGAAAUUUAAACCUCCGUGGUGCAAUUUCAAUCACACAUCUUGAGAGAGUGAAAAACGAUAUGGAGGCAAAAGAAGCCAAUUUAUCUGCAAAAGCAAAUCUGCACUCUUUAAGCAUGAGUUGGGAUGGACCACACUGAUAUGAAUCCGAAGAAGUUAAAGUGCUUGAAGCCCUCAAACCACAUCCCAAUCUGAAAUAUUUAGAAAUCAUUGACUUCUGUGGAUUCUGUCUCCCAGACUGGAUGAAUCACUCAGUUUUGAAAAAGGUUGUCUCUAUUCUAAUUAACGGUUGUGAAAACUGCUCGUGCUUACCACCCUUUGGUGAGCUGCCUUGUCUAGAAAGUCUAGAGUUACAAGACGGGUCUGUGGAGGUGGAGUAUGUUGAAGAUUCUGGAUUCCCCACAAGAAGAAGGUUUCCAUCCCUGAGAAAACUUCAUAUAGGUGGCUUUUGUAAUCUGAAAGGAUUGCAGAGAAUGGAAGGAGAAGAGCAAUUCCCUGUGCUUGAAGAGAUGAAGAUUUCUGAUUGCCCUAUGUUUGUUUUUCCAACCCUUUCUUCUGUGAAGAAAUUAGAAAUUUGGGGGGAGGCAGAUGCAAGAGGUUUGAGCUCCAUAUCUAAUCUUAGCACUCUUACAUCACUCAAGAUUUUCAGUAACCACACAGUGAUUUCACUCUUAGAAGAGAUGUUCAAAAGCCUUGAAAAUCUCAAAUACUUGAGUGUCUCUUACUUGGAGAAUCUCAAAGAGCUGCCUACCAGCUUGGCUAGUCUCAAUAAUUUGAAGUGUCUGGAUAUUCGUUAUUGUUACGCACUAGAGAGUCUCCCCGAGGAAGGGCUGGAAGGUUUAACUUCACUCACGGAGUUAUUUGUUGAACACUGUAACAUGCUAAAAUGUUUACCGGAGGGAUUGCAGAACCUAACAGGCCUCACAAGUUUAAGAGUUACUGGCUGUCCAGAAGUGGCAAAGCGGUGUGAGAGGGGAAUUGGAGAGGACUGGCACAAAAUUGCUCACAUAUCAAAUGUGUAUAUUGAAGCUUUCCUUCAAAUUGUGAUUGAAAAUAUCACUUCUUUCCUUGAAGGGGAACUUUCAUUGCUUUUCGGUUUUGAAAAUGAGUUUGAAAAUCUUUCGAGCAGGUUUUCUACAAUCCAAGCUGUGCUUGAAGAUGCUCAGAUGAAGCAACUAAAGGACAAGGCGAUUAAAAACUGGUUACAGAAACUCAAUGCUGCUGCAUAUAAAGUUGAUGACAUAUUGGACGAAUGUAAAAAUGAGGCAGCAAGAUUCAGGCAGUCUCGAUUAGGACGCUAUCAUCCCGGGAUAAUCACCUUCCGCCAUAAGAUUGGGAAAAGGAUGAAAGAGAUGACGGAGAAACUAGAUGCAAUUGCUAAGGAAAGAAUGGAUUUUCAUUUGCAAGAAAUGAUUAUAGAGAGACAAACAGCUAUACGGGAAACAGGUUCUGUUUUGACUGAACCACAAGUUUAUGGAAGAGAAAAAGAGGAAGAUGUGAUAGUGAAAAUCCUGAUAAACAAUGUUAGUGAUACCCAACACCUUUCAGUCCUCCCAAUAGUUGGUAUGGGGGGACUAGGAAAGACGACUCUUGCGCAAAUGGUCUUCAACGAUAAGAGAGUAACUGAGCAUUUCCAUCCCAAAAUAUGGAUUUGUGUCUCCGAUGAUUUUGAUGAGAAGAGGUUGAUAAAGGAAAUUGUAGAAUUUAUUGAAAGAAUGUCACUUGGUGACAUGGGCUUGGCUCCACUUCAAAUGAAGCUUCAAGAGUUCCUGAAUGGAAAAAGAUACUUGCUUGUCUUAGAUGAUGUUUGGAAUGAAGAUCAAGAUAAGUGGGCUAAUUUAAGACAAGUCUUGAAGGUUGGAGCAAGUGGUGCUUCUGUUUUAACCACUACUCGUCUUGAAAAGGUUGGAUCAAUUAUGGGAACUUUGCAACCAUUCCGGUUGUCAAAUUUGUCUCAAGCAGAUUGUUGGUUGUUGUUCAUGCAAUGUGCAUUUGGACACCAAGAAAUAAAUCCCAACCUUGUGGCUAUCGGAAAGGAGAUUGUGAAAAAAAGUGGUGGUGUGCCUCUAGCAACCAAGACUCUUGGAGGUAUUUUGCGCUUCAAGAGAGAAGAAAGAGAAUGGGAACAUGUGAGAGACAAUGAUAUUUGGAAUUUACCUCAAGAGGAAAGGUCUAUUUUGCCUAUCUUAAGGCUUAGUUAUCAUCAUCUUCCACUUGAUUUGAGACAAUGCUUUGCGUAUUGUGCAGUAUUCCCAAAGGACACCAAAAUGGAAAAAAAGAAGGUAAUCUCUCUCUGGAUGGCACAUGGCUUUCUUUUAUCGAGAAGAAGCUUGGAGCUAGAGGAUAUGGGUAAUGAAGUAUGGAAUGAAUUAUACUUGAGGUCUUUUUUCCAAGAGAUUGAUGUUAGAUAUGGUAAUACUUAUUUCAAGAUGCAUGAUCUCAUCCAUGAUUUGGCUACAUCUCUGUUUUCGGCAAGCGCAUCAAGCAGCAAUAUCCGCGAAUUAAUUGAAAGAUUUUACCCACAUAGAAUGCCUAUUGGUUUUGCUGAAUUGGUGCCUUUUAAACCUCCUUAUCUCUUGCAAAAGUUUGUCUCGUUGAGGGUGCUUAAUCUAAGUAAAUUACACUUUGAGUCGUUACCCUCUUCCAUUGGAGAUCUAGGACAUUUAAGAUACCUGGACUUGUCUGGCAAUCUUAUAAUUCGUAGUCUUCCAAAGCAGUUAUGCAAGCUUCAGAAUCUGCAGACUCUUGAUCUACAUGGCUGCAGGUCACUUUGUUGUUUGCCAAAAGAAACAAGUAAACUUGGUAGUCUCUGAAAUCUUUUACUUAAUGAUUGCAAUAAAUUGACUUGUACGCCACCAAGGAUAGGAUCUUUGACAUGCCUUAAGACUCUAGAUUGCUUUGUAGUGGGCGAGAGGAAAGGUUAUCAACUUGGUGAACUAAGAAAUUUAAACCUCCGUGGUGCAAUUUCAAUCACACAUCUUGAGAGAGUUAAGAGGGAUAUGGAGGCAAAAGAGGCCAACUUAUCUACAAAAUUGAAUCUGCAUUCAUUAAGCAUGAUUUGGAAUGGAACGCAUAGGUAUGAAUCAGAAGAAGUUAAAGUGCUUGAAGCCCUCAAACCACACCCCAAUUUGAAAUCUUUAACAAUCAGUGGCUUCAGAGGAUUCUGUCUCCCAGACUGGAUAAAUCACUCAGCUUUGAGAAAUGAUGUCUCUAUUCUAACUAACGGUUGUGAAAACUGCUCGUGCUUACCACCAUUUGGUGAGCUGCCUUGUCUAGAAAGUCUAGAGUUACAAGACGGGUCUGUGGAGGUGGAGUAUGUUGAAGAUUCUGGAUUCCCCACAAGAAGAAGGUUUCCAUCUCUGAAAGGAUUGCUGAAAAAGGAAGGAGAAGACCAAUUCCCUGUGCUUAAACAGAUGAAGAUUGAGAAGUGCCCUGUGUUUGUUAUUCCUACCCUUUCUUGUGUCAAGAAAUUGGAACUUGUGUGCGAGGAAGAUGCAACAGGUUUCAGGUCCAUAUCUAAUCUUAGGGCUCUUACUUCCCUCAACAUUAGGGAUAGCAAAGAAGCUACUUCACUCCCAGAAGAGAUGUUCAAAAACCUUGCAAACUCUUUCUUUAAGAAUCUCAAAGAGCUGCCUACCAGUCUGGCUAGUCUCAAUGCUUUGCAGAGUCUGACAAUUGACCAUUGUGACGCACUAGAGAGUUUCCCUGAGGAAGGGCUGGACGGUUUAACUUCACUCACAAAGUUAUUUGUUGAAUACUGUAAGAUGCUAAAAUGUUUACCGGAGGGAUUGCAACACCUAACAGCCCUCAAAACUUUAACAAUUACUCGUUGUCCAAUAGUGGAAAAGCUGUGCGAGAAGGGAAUAGGACAAGACUGGCACAAAAUUGCACACAUUCCUAAUGUGAAAAUGCAUUCCUAAGUACUAUUUGUAAUUGUUUGUAGGGAUGUUUGUUUGUGAGUCUCUCUCAUUGGAUGCAAUUUUCUUUUGGAAACAAAUCAACAAUCUAUAUGUAUUAUACGCU